CAUCAGGCUGUUCACAGACAAACCCUUCGCCAUGGACGUGCAGCAGAAGCGCCAUGUGCUUUUUCUCGGCCUGUUUGCUGUAGCCUCUUUCGCUGCCUUCAUGCAUUAUGCCAGCACUCGCGGCUCGCUAUUCCCAAUUGGGAACGCACCGUCGACUUCAGCUGCGAACGCGACACUGGGCUUUGGCGCUGUCAUCGCCGUAUCUUCCGCCAAGUCACCAAGACGCAACGAUCUGCUCUAUGCUGCCAAUCUAACGGGUCUCGAUAUCACGAUUCCGGAACAGCCAACGUGGACCGAUGAAGAUGUGCGGGCUUUUAGGGCGAAAGAAGGCUCAAGGAUCUCGAAGGGCUCUGCUAUGGCCUGGAUGGGGCAUUUGAAUGCUCUCAAAUGGUUUUUAUCCACGCCCCUCACAACAGCUCUCAUUCUCGAAGACGAUGUAGACUGGGACAUCCGACUCCUCUCAUCUCAAAUCCCACUUGCCGCAUCUUCCAUCCGGCACCUCCUCUCUAAUUCGUCCACCCCGCACCCCUUUUCCCCAUCCACAUCCACCGCCUACUGGAGUGACCCGUCCACCUGGGAAAUACUCUACCUCGGCCACUGUGGAGACUUCCUUCCCCCAUCGUCCCUCGCCACCUACGCCCACGUCGCCUACCAAGACUCAUCGGUCCCACCCCUCUCUUCGCUCUAUCCCGCAACAAGCCAAGCUCUCGGCGUCCUCGGCGUCCCAGAAUCCACUCGCCUAACCCACCGCUCGCACUCCCCCUUCUGCACCUUCGGAUAUGCCGUAACCAGAGCCUCCGCGCAACGCAUCCUGGACUCCUAUGCCACGGAAGGGGAGGGCGGAUGCCAAGCCUUUGACGUUCGAAUCCUGGAGGCAUGUCGUGAUCAUGGUUGGUUGUGCUAUUCGAUUAGUCCCGAGUUAUUUCAUCACGUGGAUGCGGACAGCGAAAUUGAGAACGUGGAUUUUGGGAAAGGAGGGAGGGGAGGGGUGAAGAGGUUGAAUGGGAGGACGAGGAAUAUCGGCUGCAGAGCACGACACCCGGGGUUUUAUGGCGAGGAGGAAGAGACGGUGGAGUGGUUGAAGGAGGUUGUGGGGAGGAAGGGGCAGUGUCUUGUGGAUUGGAUGGAUGAGGAUGUUUCUGCCGCUGCUGCGGUGUAUUAA